AUGGAAUCCAUACAUCGUCUCUCAACAACCGAAGCCCUACGCUCACUGGAUCAUGUAGAUCUCACGUUGAAAUUGGAACUGGUAGACAACAUACGGAGUAAUUUUGAGCUCACACAAAACCGCCUGGAAGAAGAAGAUCCUGACGAAUUAGAUUCUGAUGCUCGACAGCAGUUCUUGAACAUAUUUAUUUCAGUCAAAGGCGCCAUCACUCGCGAGCUACAGUCCAACCGCUUAGAUAGCCAUUUACAUUCAACCACACGCAAUUUUUCGCCUCAGGACUCGCAAUCUGUGGUUGUUCUUAAGCAACCAAAAUCUUGUUUACCGGAACUGAAGUUGCCAACGUUUAGAGGCAACUACUCAGAUUGGCCACAAUUUUUCUCCAUGUUUCGCACCAUAAUUGACCGAGAAGCUGAAUUAACUAAAGUGGAAAAACUCCAACAUCUCCGCUCAUGCCUUGCAGAUGCCGCUUUGGACACCAUAAAGUCCUUAGAAAUUCGCGAAUCUAACUAUGAUAAAGCUCUUGAAUUACUAAAUAACCGAUUUGAUAACAAGCGUUUAAUUUUUCAGGCACAUAUCCGUGAGUUGUUUGGACUAGAAAGUGUCGAAGGAAAGGUGGCAACAAAUCUCCGGCGGUUAACGGAUAAAAUUUUGUCACAUAUUCGUGCAUUACAGACUUUAGGCAGCAUAGAACAAUUGGCCGACAGCUUGCUGAUACACAUCGUUAUGCAGAAACUUGACUCCGCUACUCAAAACAUGUGGGAGGAAAAAGUGUCAUCCAAUGAGCUACCCACUUGGGAAGGCAUGGCGUUGUUCCUAGAAAAAAGGUGUCAAACUCUGGAGAAUGUUGCGUUUGCUACGCUCGGUAAGACUCCAACUAAACAGGUGAGCAAAUAUGUGAAUCGCAACAAGUCUUUUGUGGUCUCGAAGCCUGCGCAAAGGUCAUGUGUGUUUUGCAAACACCUUGAUCACCUCAUUUAUACUUGCCCGUCAUUUGCGAAACUCUCCCCAAGCGAGCGCUGGAAAGAGGCAAAAAAUGCUGAACUUUGCUUGAACUGUCUUAAGCUUGGACAUCGAGUACAACAAUGCAAAUCCACUCACUGUUUUCGUUGUAAAGGUGCUCAUCACACCCUUUUACAUAAGGAUAUUCCAGAGCAACCCUUCCAAAAUGCCUCAUUGGCAGAAAAGUUUCCUCAACCAGGAUCAGCAGCAUCUUUGGUUUCCAUGGCGCCUCCAUGCAUAUCAAACGAGCACUCAAGCAUUAAACUAAACGAAUCCGUACUACUAGCUACCGCAACGGUGUUUGUAAAAAACAGUGUUGGAUGUUUUAUCCCCUGUCGUGCUAUUUUAGACUCAGCUUCGCAACUAAAUUUCGCUACGAGCAGGUUAUCCAACCAACUACAAUUAAAGAAAUCGAAGUUCCCAGUAGCAGUUUCGGGAAUUGGAGACUCAGAUACAACAGUUGAGUACACAAUCAAUAUUAUUUUUAAAUCUAUUCACAGCGAUUACACAAACACUAUUACGGCGUCAAUAAUUCCCACCAUUACUGAGCAGCAACCAACCACCACUUUCAGCAUAUCGCAAUGGGUCAUACCUAAGAACAUAAAAUUGGCCGAUCCAUCAUUUAAUACUUCUCGUAGGAUUGACCUCUUAAUUGGAGCCGGCAUAUUUUUUGACUUGCUGUGUGUCGGCCAAAUACGUCUUAAGGAACCAACACACAUUUUGCAAAAGACACGUCUCGGGUGGAUCGUCUCUGGCGGUAAACAACGCUGCAACAUCAGCUCUUCGUGCGCGGUGUCAUCCAAACUCGUCGAAAGCAAGGAACCACAUGGAUCACUUGAUCAAAUGGUCCGCAGUUUUUGGGAAACAGAAAAUUGUCUCGAAGGAACCACGAAGGUAACAAAAGAAGAACUAGAUUGUGAAAUACAUUUCCAAACAAACCAUUGCCGUUUGGGUACUGGCGAGUACUCAGUCCGUCUUCCUGUCAAACUGAGUCCAAAUAUGCUUGGUGACUCAUAUCAAUAUGCUUUACGCCGAUUAAUCUCUCUAGAACGACGCUUGCAGCGAAACGACAACGUAAGAUUACAGUAUUCAGCGUUCAUGCGAGAAUAUCUCGAUUUAAAGCACAUGACUCUUGUGGAUGCUCUCCCCAAUGUACCAACAUAUUAUCUUCCUCAUCACUGCGUUUUUAAAGAAGAUAGCACAACAACGAAAUUACGGGUAGUAUUCGAUGGUUCAGCUUCUACAACAAGUAACUACUCUCUGAAUGAAAUUCUUAUGACAGGUCCAACAAUUCAACCAAAACUUGCAGAAACUUUAAUACGUUUUAGGUCAAGGCCCAUCGCAUUAACAGGUGACAUAUGCAAAAUGUACCGCUGCGUACGCAUCACCUCACCAGAUGACUAUCUUCAGUGCAUACUUUGGAGGGAAAACCCGAUGGAAGAUGUUAAGACCUACAAAUUAGAGACUGUCACUUAUGGAACACGACCAGCAUCAUUCUUAGCUAUUAGAGCUAUGCACCAGCUGGCUAACGAUGAAGCCGAAUCUUACCCCCUUGGUGCUCAGAUAGUACUGCGGGAUUUUUAUGUUGAUGACAUGAUCACUGGAUCCGAUACUGCUGAGGAGGCAAUUGAAAUAAUGGGACAAACUUCGCAGCUACUUGCAAAGGAAGACAGCGAAUUAUCAGUCAAGGAAAACUUUUACAGCCAACUAGAUCAUACACUGUUUACGAUACCAACCAAUGACAUAAUCGUGCUAAUGGGCGAUUUUAACGCUCAAUUAGGCCCAAAUAACGAGAAUUUUGAGAGAGUUCUAGGAAAGCAUGCGAUAGGCACGCGGUCUGAAAAUGGAGAAUUAUUACUAGAGCUCUGCAGCAACCACGAUCUCAGAGUUGGAGGCUCCGUAUUCCCACACAAAUUAAAUCACAAAGUUACGUGGGUUUCACCAACGAAGAAUGUAGAAACUCAAAUCGACCACAUUUGCGUGUCAAGAAAGUAUUUUAAUAUUGUUCGCGACGUACGUAAUAAACGCAGCGCAGAUUUAGGAAGCGACCAUCACCUAAUUAUCGUAGAGCUUUGUAUCAAACUCUUCCCGAACACCAGAAAGCGCGCUCAACAAGCUAAGAGAUACGACCCUACCAAACUAAAGACCGAAUCCAUUAGAACAAGGGUUGUUGACAAAAUAAAUAAUAUUCGCAAAGAUACUACAAACCCAAUACGCAAUACAAGCCAUAUAUGGGCUAAACUUAAAAACGAGUUACAGAAGAUCUGUGACGAUACGAUCAAGGCAGUCCCACAACAGCGUGCAGAAUGGCUAAGUCACACAACCUGGAACCUUAUAGAAGAACGCAGAAAAGUCAAGGUGAAUCUAACAGGAUGUUGCAGCAGAAGAAAAAAGACAGAGCUUGACUCUGAAUAUAGAAGGCUAACUAAAUUGAUUAAAAAGCAAGUCGUAAAAGAUAAACAAGAUUUCUAUGAUGAACUAGGAAGGAACGCGCAAAAUGCAGCUGACAGAGGUAAUAUAAGAGACGUCUACAAAGUAAUUCGUAAACUGAGUGGCUGCAAGGGAACAUACGAGUCGCCACUAUAUGACGAAAACGGCACAAUAGAAACAUGUAAAGAAAAACAGCUCGCCAUUUGGAAAACGUAUUUCCAAAAAACUCUCAACUCUGUGUACGGUGAUAGUUCAGAAAGUUUCGAAAUAAGAACACGGCGUCACCCUAACAGAAAUAUAAGCGUGCAACCGCCAGAUUUAGGAGAGAUAACAACAGCAAUCAAACUGAUGAAAGACGGCAAAGCUACUGGAAAGGACGGUAUCCCUGCUGAACUCUUCAAAGUCGAUACUGAGGCUAUGGCAUCCCUGUUGCUGCCACAAUUCCAGCAAAUCUGGAGAGAAGAAGUGAUGCCUAGUGAUUGGAAAGAAUCUAUCAUUAUUAAGCUACCCAAGAAAGGCGAUCGGAAAAAAUGCGAGAACUGGCGAGGAAUAUCUAUUCCAGAUAAAAUAAUUAACAUCAUAAAAUGCAUGUAUGACGGCUCAUGCUGCCGAGUGUUGCACGAAAAACAACUAAGCGAGUCCUUCCCUACUGUAUCAGGCGUGAAGCAAGGCUGCGCACUCUCUCCCUUACUCUUCAUAACAGCACUGGACAUAGCUUUCGAAACUUAUAAUCGAUGUGGUAUAAACUGGAAGAUGACUCAAAAGCUUGGCGACCUAUCAUAUGCGGACGACGUCGUUCUAAUUAGUAACUCUUAUAACGAAUUACAAACAAGACUCUCCAACACAACAAACGACUGCUUAAAACUUGGCUUACAAGUUAAUAUAAAGAAGACCAAGUCUAUGAGAAUUAACGUAAUCAACAACACAGAGUUUAAAAUAGACGGAGGACAAGUUGACGAUGUAAACAAAUUUGAGUAUCUAGGUAGCAUCCUAACCCCCGAUGGUGGUACAACGGCUGACAUUCAGCUUGAAUAUUUUGCGGCUAGCGGUAGUACUGGUCAAGCUGCUGAUGAGCAUCUCACCGCCAUACACGAAUUUCUCGAGAACGAUGAACUUACCGUUAUUGCAGCGGUGCAUAACAAAUCGAAUGGCAGCAUAAAAUUUCAUCAUCGCAUACCGGGCGAUGAGGUUUGCUUGCUAUUCUACAAGAUACCACAGGUCGGCGGCAACAAGAGUGGCUCCACAAACAUUUCAUCUGCUACUAGCAGUGGCGCAUACGACCAACCGCUUGGCAUAUUAACGCUGGAAGGUGGACUGGUCAAGUCGAUUUACAAUUCCGUUUCGCGUGUAUUCUCACCGCAAGCCGAGGCCAGGAAAACUGAAUAUAGUCCCGAGUUGAGCGGUUUACUGGAAAGUUUGCAUGUCUCUUUGGGCUCAACAUUGGGUUUGCCGCAAAGUGGCAUAACAUCAGUAAAGGAUGAAAUUAAAUUUUGGAAACAAAAAUUUAAUAAAAAAUCCAGUUCUCGCAUUGAUCGUGAAAUGUCGCAAGUAUUUAUUGGUGUACUGGAAAAUAUUGACAAGCAAAUGAGUUCAAUCGAUCAUGCCAACACCGGCACCAGCAUUGAGGAGUUUUUAGAUAGUUCACACAAUAGUCUCGAUGAGCUUUGGCGCUUACCUUACCACUAUCCGCAGGCGCGCAUGGCUGAUCUAUUGGAUAUCAUGGGCAAUGGUUUGCUGGAAAUAUGUGUCGAGCAACUACUUAUGGAGGAUAUUUGGAAUUUGAAUUCUCAUCAUGUGAAUAUGCUGAUGAGCCAAUGCAUUGACACCGCCGACUCUUGGAUGCAGUUGUGUGACUCGCUUACGCGUCUCUUCUGGCCAAAUUAUGUGCAGCAUCCAUGGGUAGGGGCGCCCCAUGUGCCCAAGCGUGGUCAGCAAUUUAAAGAGCGGCUAUCAGAGAUUAAGAAUAUAAAAAAUCUUUACAAACAAAUCGCCACAUUAUUGAAUGACGAGGAGAUGAAAAGUAUGCUCUAUGAGAGUUCGCCAUUUAAGGAUAUUAAUAUAUUCGACACUACUGCUUUGGGUCAAUCAAAAUGGAAUAAAGCUUUACAAUAUUUUGAGCAAAUACUGCAACCCAUCGAUGAGCGUAUUGCCUCAGCACUUAAGGCACAACUUCAUAAUCAUCUGAGCAAUGCGCGACAGGUCAUCUUUAUCUUCUCCAAAUAUGAGACGCUCAUCCAGCGACCAGCUGUACUCGAGUUGUUGACUAUCGAGCGCGAACAAUUUCUACAAUCACUACAGAUUCUGCUGCAGGAUUUGCGCAAAGCCAUGUCUGAUACGAAUAUGGAGCCCGAUACCGGUCAUUUGUCAGUAAUUUGCAAUGAGUGUCGUUGGCUGAAAGUCGUGCAAUAUCAGAUUCAAGAAAUCGAGAAGGUUAGUCAUUUGAUUAGCGGUCGUGAUGGCUAUGACAAGAUCAACAAAGCCGUGCAAGAAAUCAAGGAGGAGACCGAGUCAUUGCUGCGCACAAACUUCGAAAUUUGGUGCGGCCAAUGUUCCACAUCUGUCAAGAGUGGAGAAUUGAAAUUACGCGAAGACCAACCGGUCGUUAAAUUCGAAAAGGAAGGCCGUCAACUAAUGCGUGUUACGUUCAACCCCAAACUGGUCACUUUUUGUCAAGAUGUGCGCGAAUUCGAGAACCUUGGCUACAAUGUGCCGGCAGAGUUGCGCUCAUCGGCGACACAUGCCGCUAAAUUCAUGAGUUAUGCGCGCCGCUUGCAGCAGAUUGCAACAUUUCACAAUACAAUCGGUGAUCGCAUGAUACCUUGCCAAAGACCGAUUAUGCUGAAGAAUGCGGUGCAAUUAUCGAAAUUGGUGCAAAGCGAGACGGUAGCCUGGCAUGAUGAAGAGUCCGUGCAACGUUAUGUGGAUAUGCUGCAAACAGCUGUGUCCAAACUCUCUGCGGACAACACCCUACUAGUGGGCUACCAUGAGCAGGCCAAAAGAACGGUUAUUAAGCUCAUGAAUACCGAUUUGUUCACACAAACGCAAGUUUGGAAAGAUGAAAUGCGGCAUCUGCGCGAUUUGGUGGCUGCAAUGGAGCGUCAAGGGUACACCAACCUGGACGCCUUCAAAUUGCAUUGGGAUCAUCAACUCUACAAGGUGUUGGAAUAUCAAUAUAUCAUCGGCCUGGUAGACAUGAACAAUAAGCUGCCCGAUAUACACAUCGAUAUUAUGUUUCGCCAACGGCAACUUUGCUACCGCCCACCCGAGGAGGAGAUACGCGAAAAAUAUUUCACUCAGCUCCGACGCUUUAUUGAACGUCCCAGCAGUUUUCGUGGGCUCUCUGACAACAGCACCGAGUUAUUUAAGUCAAUGGUGGAAAUAAAUCGUCAUCACAUCGGUCCACUUUUCGCGCACGCUGAGGAAUUAUUUCGUAAGCUUGAACAAUUCAAAAAGAUUUGGCUUCCUUGGGUCGCGCUGGGUUGCGUUGAUAUCGAAGAAUUGUGUGGCAUACAUCUUAGCGUUGCAGAGGAUUGGGAUCGCGAAUUUCGAGCUUGUAAGAAUUUCAGUCAAAAGAUUGCGAAAAUUCAGAACUCCGAAGAGUCCAUUGAAUGCAUUAUUAUCAAUACUUCGCCAUUACGUUCGGAGAUAGAAUUGAUUAGUCGACGUUAUUGGGAAUCUUUAACCAAUAGCUUACGCACGGCUAUUGUAAAUGACGUUACCGUCAUCCAAGAGUUCUUGCAAAGCUCAUUGCAGUUCUUGAAUAAUGUGCCCAUGGAUGAGACGUCUAUCACAGAGUCGGGCAUGAAGUACGAGAAAAUGAUGACGGAACUACCGAAGGUAUCCGAGGCUCUCGACGCUGUCAAGAGCAAAGACACCUGCCUCGCCGGGUGGUGCAAGGAGCGAGUUACCGCCUUGGCAAACAUUCUGUUGCAAUGGGAACGGCUACAGCCUCUCAUAGAAAAUCAUGCUGUAAUACUUCAACGUCAAGUCGAUAUGAUUAAAGAUCAAGCUCACUCGCAGAUACAGAAUUUACAAAAUGAAGCGGAAAAGUUUUUCCUGCGCUGGGAAUCAACCAUUAGUGAGCUGGAAAGUAAUGAAAAUGCCACACUGGAGCUAUUCAAAGAACGCCAAGAGCAUUGGCAACAACUACAAGCAAAGAAAGUGCAAUUACUCGAAGAAUGUGCUAAGUUCAAUAUGUCCUUUCCAGCUGAUGUGCUUGCGCCCUUCACCGAGAUCGAAGAAAAAAUGGAAACACAGUCAAAACAAUGGGAAAUCUACGAUAAAUAUCUGAGCGAGUUGAAUACCAUUACCGAUGAAGAAUGGGCAAUAUAUCGGCGUCGUCCAUAUGUGUUGAAUGAGUUCAUCAAUAAGUGGGAGAGCUCAGUGCAUGCGUCAAUCGAUCUGCCCUCAAAACGCAUUCGACAGAGCGUGGAGCGGUUACAAGGCGUUAUGCCGAUUCUGCAGCAAUUACAAUCGGAUACGUUGACAGAACGGCAUUGGGCGCGCAUAUUUAUGUUAUUGAACAAGUCAGAGGCAAAGUCUAUACAUAAUUUAUUCCUGCGCGAUAUAUUGGAAGAUUAUAAUGCACUACAACAGGCAUCUACAGAGAUCGCGAAUUUGGUGAAACAAGCCGCUUCGGAGCAAAUAGUGCGGCAAGCUUUAACCGAACUGGAUCAAUGGUCUGUUACGUCUAACAUGAAGCUGAUAAAUCACACAGAUUCAGCGGGCAAUACAUUGUCACUUAUCAAGGACUAUCAGGAAGUGCUAAAUAAAAUUGGCGAUAAUCAGUCUUUAUUGCAAUCGGCCAAAAAUUCAGCAGCUUUUGAGGCAUUCUCAGAUCAGGCAGAAUUGUGGGAGAGUCGCUUGAAUACUUUGGACUCGCUGCUAACUAGUUUAAGUCAAUCACAAAGGCGUUGGGUGUAUCUGGAACCCGUUUUCGGAGCGGGCACUUUAAGAAAUGAAGAAGCUCUAUUUCGGCGCAUUGACAAGGAUUUUCGCUAUGUGAUGCGUGAAAUUCAAGCAGACCCCCGAGUGAUAUCACUUAUCAAAAUUAACAACAUAUCAACCAUAGUGAGCUCACUGGAAAAACAACUGUCGCGUUGUCAAAAUAAUCUCAUGACCUACAUCAUGGAUAAGCGAAAUUCUUUUCCGCGUUUCUAUUUUCUUGGUGACGACGAUUUGCUAGAAAUACUGGGACAAGCAACAAAAGAUGCUGAAAUUAUACAAAAACAUAUCAAGAAGCUUUUUCCUGGUUGUCACAGUAUCGGCAUAGCAAACACAUUGAAAGGGGAAUCGACUGUGUACACCAUACAAUCGUUGCAAAGUGCUGAAGGAGAUAUUCUGCAGUUGCGAGAAGUUGUGCCUAUGAAAGGACCCAUUGAGGAUUGGCUCAAUCACUUAGUUAGCUCCAUACAGUGCACACUUAAGGAUGCAAUAUUUGAAUGCUACUCAACCACAGAUGCAGAGAAUUUCACCCAAUCCUUGCUGCGAAAAUAUCCCAUACAAGUGUUGAGCAUCACUCGCGCCAUUCAAUUCACCAAACAAACGGAGAAGGCCAUACUGUCCAUGUCAUUGCGAAAGUUGCAUCAGGCGUUGAACACUGAAAUAACACACUUCGCCAAUAUGAAAAACCAAACAAACGACACUCUGCUACAGAUUAAGUUGCGUGCUCUGUUAUUCGAUUUGGUGCACUACGCAUCGGUGGUGGAGGAGUUACAGGAGCACAAUGUGAUGCAUGUCAGCGAUUGGCAUUGGUUGUGUCAGUUGAAGUUCUAUUUGGCCGGCACUGAUGGGCGCUUAGUCGUCGUGCGUAUGGUGUACGCUGAGUUCGAAUAUUCCUACGAAUUUCUCGGCAAUCCCAAUAAAUUAGUAAACACCAAGUUGACGCACAAAUGCUAUCUCAUUCUCACCCAAGCCAUGCAUAUGGGGCUGGGUGGAAAUCCAUUCGGACCGGCCGGCACUGGCAAAACGGAAUGUGUAAAAGCGUUGGGUGCAAUGUUGGGUCGACUAGUGUUGGUCUUCAACUGUGAUGAGAAUGUGGAUACUGAAUCGAUGAGCCUAAUUUUAACUGGACUGGUGCGUUGUGGUGCUUGGGGCUGUUUUGAUGAAUUCAAUCGUCUACAUGAAGCGACGCUCUCGGCUAUUUCUAUGCUAAUACAACCCAUACAGAUGGCAUUAAAGGACAAAUCGGAUGUGGUGCAAAUUGGUGAGCGAAAUAUCAAACUUAACCAGCAUUGCGGUAUUUUUGUCACCUUGAAUCCAGCUGGCGCCGAUUAUGGUGGCCGGCAAAAACUGCCCGGCAACAUUCAAGCGCUAUUUCGGCCAAUUGUUAUGCAACAGCCCGAGCCAUUGGAAAUCUCACGUGUCAUGCUUUUUGUGGAGGGAUUUCAACAUGCCAGCGAAAUAGCCGAACGAAUUGUCGAACUUUUUGAUUUGUGCACAAAAAUGUUGUCUGUUCAACGCCAUUACGAUUGGGGUUUACGCGAGUUGAAAACCAUUCUAUUAGCUUGUGGCACUGAGCUACGAGUUCACCUCAUCAACAACAAGAAUACCGAGAGAAUAUCCAGUAGUGAAGUGGACACUGCAACAGCAAACGAUAGCGAAAGUAGUUUGAAUAUGGAAAUGUCAGUUGUAGUGCGCAUGUUACGCAUGUCCAUUCUCUCCAAGCUGCAACUAAACGAUGUGGCGCGUUUCGAUAUGCUACUAACAAACGUUUUUCCGGAAAUUGGAAAAGUCACGCAAAGCAAAUCUGAACUGCAACAGGCAUUAGUCGAGGCAAGUGCCAAGCUGGGACUCUGUGUCAACGACAUGCAAAUCGAAAAGGCGUUACAGUUGCAUGAACAGCUCAGCAAGCGUAUGGGUGUGGUGGUAGUAGGCCCACCAGGGUGUGGUAAAUCCACAAUAAUCGCAUUGCUAAGGCAAGCUUUGAUGUCGGCAGCAACGAAAUUGACAUCAUCCUCAUCAUCAUCAGUAGCAGCAGCAGCAGCAGCAGCAUCGUUGGCGAUGAGUGCUACACAAAUCCGCCUUCAUACAAUCAAUCCAAAGUCGAUGAGCCGAGUUCAACUGUUGGGACGCCUUGACCCAGAAACACGUCAAUGGAUGGAUGGCGUGUUGACCAAUACAGCAGUGAUGGUGAAUGCGGAGCCGUUAAAUGUUCACUCAUGGAUAGUGUGUGACGGCAGCAUCGAUCCGGAGUGGAUUGAAGCUUUGAAUUCAGUGUUAGAUGACAACAGAUUGCUGACGCUGCCUUCAGGUUGGCGCAUACAAUUCGGCAACAAUGUGAAUUUCAUCUUCGAAACGGCAGAUGUGCGGCAUGCUUCGCCAGCCACUAUUUCACGCAUGGGCAUUGUCAACAUGAACGCUGCAGACUUUCCACAGGCGCAAAUACUUGAAACGAGGCUAGCCAGAGAAGAGUUCGGCGAUUUGUUGUACAGUUACAUCGAAGAGCAAUUCAAGCCAGCCGCACAGUGGGUCGAAAGCGAGUACUUAUACUGUUUACCCGCUUUGAAUAGGUGGACGCUCCUACGCGCUCUACUAUUGCGGCUGCGCGCCGUGCAAAGUCGCGAUGAAUUCUGUGUGACACUUUGUCGCGCACUUUACGGUUUCUUGCCACCCGAACGCCACAACGAAUUGGCUAAUUUCAUAUUUGAACGCGCAAAUAUUUACAUCAGUAAUCCGAAUAACGCUGAAUUUGCACACUUCAAUAACGAGCGCGGCACAAUUGAGUUUUAUGAGUCGGACGCCUUACCACCACCAAUUGGCGCGAAUGGCAUUAGCAGCGGCGUGCAGCUCAUACAGACUGCUACCGUUAAAUCGUAUUUGAACACAUUGCACACCUACUUAAGCGCUCCCACUAACACGCCGUUCCUGAUUGUGGGUCCUACGGGUGCAGCAAAGACGUUGCUGCUCCUGCAGGCGGUGCAGGAGUACGCCGGUUAUGAUUUGAUUGUCAUUAAUUGCUCGAUGCAGCUAACACCUGCUUAUAUUUUGCAUUGCUUAAAGCAGAACUGUGUAGCGGUGAGUGGCUUGCGUGGACGCGAAUUCAAACCGAAGCAAACACGUGUGGUUUUGUUCUUGAAGAAUCUCGACCUAUGCUACUUGGAUGCAUGGGGCACUAGCGAGAUUAUGGAGCUGUUGCUGCAGCUGGUACAACGCGCCGGUUUCUAUGCAGACAAUCUAGAAUGGGUACACAUUAGCGGUGUGCAAAUAUGUGGUUCUAUUUCGCAGGACCCUGCCACAUCGAUGGGUGGCGGUCUGCACAAAUUGGCGCCACGUUUUCUAGCAAUAAAUCAAUUCCUGCGUGUCAGUUAUCCAACCGAUGCUGAUAUGUUGACGAUAGUACAGAGUCAGCUGGAGCCUCUAUUGGCGAGUGGACGCUUCAAAGCGGCGGCGGUGAAUGUGCAGUAUGUGGUUGAGGGACUAUUGGAGUUAUUCAAGAAGUUACAAGCAACAUUCACAGCUUCGUCACGCGCUUGGGAGCAUUACAAUUUCAAUCCGAAAUUUAUUAUGAAAUUGCUGCACAAUCUCGAAUACUAUCCCGCUGAAGCUUUCAAUGAGGCUUUUUGCGCCGAGUUAACCUCCAUGUUCGAAGAUCGCUUGGCUAGUGAAGCUGAUGUGUCCGAGUUUCAGAGUAUAUUCAGGCAAACAAUGCGCAAGUUCUACGGCAGAGAGAAACUAUUUUUCGUGCCUAAGUCAUCGAAGCACUGUGGUGAAUUUCGUGCGCUCGCGCACGACGCAUGGUUGGAAGAAGUACAGAAACAGAUUACAAUAUGCAAUGCCGAGUCCUUUAUCAUUGACGAGCCGAUCACCAGAGAGCUACUUGAUUUGGUGUCCAAAGUGGCACGUGUGCUGGCGCGCGAUGAGACGCACUUGAUGUUGCUUGCACGCGCUGGUGGUAGGCAUUUGGAUGCGCUAUAUGCAGCAGCCAAUUUACAACAGGCAAAAAUUUUUAUCACACAAGGUGGCGCUGGGUAUGGACUGACAGACUUCUAUAAUGAUUUGAAAUUGGCCAUGCAAACUGCAGCAAUUGAGGAUCAGUGCACCUGUUUGCUCAUCGAUCACUGUUGGAUUACAUUUGCACCGGACAUAAUGAAACCAAUUGAAGCCGUGCUGGAGGGAAGUGAGAUACUUGAUUUAUUUGGUGAUGAUCUGGAAUCUAUAGCUAGCUCGCUGAAGCAUGCUGCACAGUUGGAGGGCUUUCAGGAGUCCAUAGGCGCAUACUUUUUGAAAAAAGCUAAGAAGAAUCUUCAUUUGAUUAUCACCUUGGAUCCGGCCAAUGUGACGCUUAACAGUUUAUUUAGCAGAUUUCCAACACUUUACCGUAAUAUGGAUAUUUAUUUUGUGCGCACUGCCUCUACUGAAACGCAAAAUCAGCUGCCGAAGAAAUUCAUUGAAAUGCUUGGCGAAGCUGCAGGGAGCAGGGGCAGCGUGCCCGUAUUCUCGUACUUUACUGAUGCGGUAGAAUCUUUGAUCACCCAGCAGGCGCCGAAGCGUUACUACCAGUUGAUACGUUCCUACUUUUAUAUUUACACCAAUUUCGCUAAGGACAUCAACAAAAGGCUGGAAAAGUUGCAGCAUGGCGUCGACAAGCUAGCCGCAGCCCAUAACGUAGUAGACACACUCAAAUCCAAUGCCGGCCAACAGGAGGAAGCGCUUGCAGAAAAACGCAAACUGGCCAACGAUGCACUCGAAAUGAUUUCGGCCACUAUGCGGAGCGCCAACGAUCAAAAAACCAAUAUGUUAGAGCUGAAGAAGAAGACGCAGGAUAGCAGCGAGCAGUUGAAACUGCGUCAGAAGGAAAUACAACAGGAGCUCGCCGAAGUGGAGCCCAUACUCGCGGAGGCCAGCACAGCAGUGGGUCAAAUAAAAUCGGAAGCACUAUCCGAGAUACGUUCAUUACGUGCGCCGCCAGAGACUAUACGCGACAUACUCGAAGGCGUUUUGCGAUUGAUGGGUAUACGCGAUACCUCGUGGAAUAGCAUGAAGACCUUUCUGGCAAAACGUGGAGUCAAAGAAGAUAUACGCUCGUUGGAUCCAGCGCAUAUCAAUCCGGAUAAUUGUGUGGCGGUUGAAAAAUUGCUAGACGCGAAGGCGGAAUCCUUUGAAAUGAAGAAUGCAAAACGUGCCUCGGCAGCUGCUGCGCCCCUAGCCGCUUGGGUCAAGGCGAGUGUGCGCUACUCAAAGGUCAUACAAAGCAUACGGCCGUUAGAGCGCGAGCAAAAUGAACUGCAACGCAACUUGGAUGUGGCGGAGGGCGAAAUGCAAACACUAAUGAGCGGUUUGGAUGAUGUGGACAAUCGCGUAAAGCAAUUGUCAGCCAAGUUGAAUUCUUAUACACAGGAAGCAGCGGUGUUGGAAAUUAAAUUGGAUGAUGCGCGUAAGACAUUAAAUGCAGCUGAAGUGUUGAUUGAGAAACUUAGCUCUGAAUUCCAUACAUGGAGCAUGCAGCUGGAUGAGUACAAGGCGUCGCAUAAGACAUUGGACACUAAAUCACUACUCAUUGCAUUGGCCAUUAAUUAUUUCUCUCAUCUGACAUUAGAGCGAAGAAGCUUCAGCAUGGAUCGUUUACUUGCCGAGCUGCAGUUGCGACCAUUCGAUUUGCGUAAAAGCCUACUCACCGAGCAGGAACAAAUCAUCUGGGAAAGCAUGGGUCUUGCACCUGAUGCGCAAAUUAUCGAAAACGCCGCAUUACUACGCCAAAUGAUCGAUUUACCCUUUGGCAGCUAUCCUGUACCUUUGGUCUUGGAUCCUACACAAACCGCCAUGAACUGGCUAGAGGAGUAUCUGCGUACUAAAGAAAGACCAUACGACAUCACCACGCAGAGCAAUGAACGUUUAAACUACAUGCUCGAGUUGGCCGUACGCUUUGGCAAAGUGCUUAUAGUGCAGGAUUGUCAGCAAGUGCGUCCGCCGCUACUGCAGCUGCUACAGGGACGCUUUUAUGUUAAAUUUGGAAAGAAGCUAUUAGAAAUUGGCUCAAAAAUGAUUGACCUACAUGAACAAUUCCAACUCGUACUCUUUACGAAAACCAAUAAACUGAGCAUUGAACCAGAAACGUUGAGCUAUAUGACUUGCAUACCGUUCACUGUGACCGCUAUAGGCUUGGCAGAUCAGCUCAUGUCUAAAGCUAUUAUACUAAAGAACCCGCAGCUGGAGCGCAAACGCAUUGAAUUGUUGAAAAAUGAAGGCGGGCUGUUGAAGCAACGCAUCGAAUUGGAAGACAAGUUGCUGGAAGAGCUCUCAACUGCACAAGGUGACAUUUUGAAGAAUGAAAAGCUCUUGAAUACACUGAAUGAGGUGAAGGAAAGCAGCAAUUUUAUUGAUAAAUCACUGAAGGAAAGUGCGCGUGUGAAAGAGUCUCUUCUGUCCGAUUACACUCAGUUGCGUGAGCUCUGCACAAAGGCAGCAAAAUUUUACAUCGAGCUCACGGUAUCCUAUGAGUUGCCAGCGUUGGCAUUUAUACAACUUUUUCUCAAUUCUCUGCAAACAUUCGAAAGUCGUAACUCGGUUGGAAACGAUAGUGAACGACGCGUGUAUGAGCAGCUGGUUUGUGCUACAUUCCAAUAUCUGGCGCGUUCAACAUCGCGUGGCAGUCACUUGACUUUGGCGUUAUAUGUGUGCAAGAGCGCCUAUCCGGAACGGAUGCCUGCCGCAGAGUGGGAAAUGUUUGUUACGAACUUUAUGGUCACAGCUGAUGUAAGCAUAGGCAGCGUUGAUUUGGGCUCAAUACAGUUGCCCGAAUGUGUGGGUAAAGAGGCGGCGCUUAAAUUGCGGAUAUUCUUAACACAAGUGCCACAUAUUGAGGAACAACUGCAGUUGCAGAAAGAUUAUGCCUGGCGAAGUUUUGUCGUAGAUCAGACGCCAGAGAUGCCAGGCGAUAUUAAAUCACCGUUUCAUAGCGUGCUCAUCGCGCAAAUAUUUCGCCCAGAUCUUAUUUUUGUGCAGCUACGCCGCGCAGCUGCCGAAAUUCUGGGCAUAUCGCCAGAUUCAGUGGUGCAGCCUACAGUGGAGCAACUUGCCGAUGAGAACACUGACAACAAACCAAUCCUAGUGAUUACGCAAACCGAAAAUGAUCCAGGCACUGAAAUAAGAAGUGUCGCUGUCAAAAAAAUUGGGCUCGAAAAAUACACCGAACUUUCCAUUGGGCGCGGUAUGGAACAUCGCGCAUUGGAUGCUAUACGGCAGGCAGCUGAGCUCGGCAAGUGGAUUUGUAUUAAAAAUGUGCAUCUUGUUCCCGAUUGGUUGCCAGAGCUGGAUCGUGAAUUGGAAGUGUUGAAGAAACGCGAUGGUUUUCGCCUGUGGCUUAUUUGCGAAUCGACACGUGGCUUCAGCGAUACGAUUAUGUACAAGUUUGUGAAGGUUUUAUACGAGUUUCCAAGCGGUAUUAAGCACAAAGUCCGUCGUAUGUUGCAAAAUUUUGCGCUGAGUGAUUACCGAAGCAUAUCAAAAGAAGCCAAGUUGGUUAAGAUACGUUUUGUGGUUUUCAUUGUUAUGGCGGUGCUGCAGGAACGUCGCAAAUACAUACCGCAAGGUUGGUCGAAAUACUAUGAAUUUGGUGAAGCAGAUUUGAAAGCUGCAUUGCAAGUGCUACUCUGGCUAGAUAGCACAAUGUCUAGCGGUCGCUACGAUUGGACAAUUUUGCAGCGGUUAUGCGAAAAUGUUGCAUUUGGUGGCCGCAUCAACAACACACGCGACUUACAAGUACUCCAACGUUACUUAGAAGAAUUUUGUGCUGCUGAUGUGAUGAACAAUCGUUGGAGUCCAUUGAACACCAAAGUUGUUGUACCCACAAGUGCACAAGUACUUGAUUAUAUAAGCGCAAUUUCAAAGUUUCCCGAUACGGAUGAGCCAGGCGUAUUCCACUUGUCGAACCACACAAAUAUCAGUCGAGAAAUUGUACAAUCAAAAGAAAUUAUUAAGGAAUUACGAGCAAACUACUACAAGAAAACGGAAUGUACAGAGGAAUCGAUGUGCCGUGAGCAAGAAACAACCGACUUGGUCAAGAUGGAGAAACAAAUUAAACCGAUUUUAGCACUUUGGCGCAAGUUAGCUGGUAAAUGCACUGUUCAAAAAACCGCAGAGGAAUUGCAGGAAUCUACACAGCAGGCUUUGCCUUGGCAACUAUUCGUCAUAUCUGAGUUGAGAACUGCUGCAAAGUGUUUUCAAGAGGUGCACCAAACACUUUCACUGGUACACAACUGGUUCAAGUCAACGGCUAGCAAUACUAAAUCAAAUAUUGAUUUACAUUUAUUUCAAAUGCUUGCGGAAAAUCAGGUUCCCGGUGCUUGGCUUCGCUGCUGGUGUGGUCCACCGGCAACAGUGGACUAUAUACGUGCGAUUGUGAUACGUGGACAGGCAGCUGAACUCCGCUACCGCUCGGAGUUACAUCUGGAUUUUGGACAGCAAAUCGAUCUCACUACCGUUUUCAAUAGUGAAACAAUGUUGUCUAGUCUCAAACUUACUAAUUCACGACAAAUAGGCACUUCUUGUAAGGAUCUCAAGCUGACAGCUCAAGUUAUCAACAGCAAUAUGCACUCCAGCGCACCUGCAAAGGGCUCGGUUAUUACCCUGGCUCCACUAAAGGUUGAUGGCGCUGUUUUUACUUACGGUAAAUUAACUAUAAAAACAGAUGUGGAAAGUCGUGCUCAGGAAUAUAAAUCUCCUGAAUUCAGACUUACUUUCGAGGCUUAUACGAGCACCGAGGAAAAGAAAUCUGGCGCAAAAGUCUCGGCUGGCCUUAUAAAAGUGCCUUUGUAUUCGAACGUCAGCCGGGAAAAGCUCCUUUGCUUUGUGGAUGUUCCAACUACAGAAUCGGCGGAUGUUGUACUUUUGUCGGGAGCAGCACUGAUUGUGUCAGAUUUUUAA